AUGUCUUCGGGAACGUUUGUGGAUAGGAUUGAUCCUUUCGCUAAGCGGUCGAUGAAGAAAAAGACGAAGAAGUCGCAGGGGUCCUCGCGUUACCGUAAUACGCAGGACGUAGAGUUACAGACAUUGCCUUUUUUUAAAGAUGUACCCGUCAGUGAACAAGAGGAGCUUUUUAUUCGUAAACUCCGCCAGUGCUGUGUCGCUUUUGAUUUUAUGGACCCAGUGGCCGAUUUGAAGGGGAAAGAAAUUAAGCGGGCCACACUCAACGAGCUUGUAGAGUACAUCCAUUGUGGCCGUGGUGUACUCACCGAACCUGUCUAUCCGGAGAUGAUUAAAAUGAUAUCAGCGAACCUGUUUCGUACAUUGCCACCGAGUGACAACCCUGACUAUGACCCGGAGGAGGACGACCCGACCCUGGAGGCGUCCUGGCCACACCUUCAGCUGGUGUAUGAGUUCUUCCUCCGUGCGCUCGAGUCAACCGACUUCCAGCCAACCAUCGGCAAGAAGGUCAUCGAUCAGAAAUUUGUUUUGCAGUUGUUAGAGUUGUUCGACUCCGAGGAUCCACGCGAGCGUGACUUCUUGAAGACCGUUCUCCAUCGCAUCUACGGCAAGUUUCUGGGGCUGCGUGCGUUCAUCAGGAAGCAGAUCAAUAACAUCUUCCUCAGAUUCGUGUAUGAAACGGAACACUUCAACGGCGUCGGUGAACUUCUAGAAAUAUUGGGAAGCAUAAUAAACGGAUUCGCGCUGCCGUUGAAGAGCGAACACAAGCAGUUCCUUGUGAAGGUGCUGCUGCCGCUGCACAAGGUGAAGUGCCUCACGCUGUACCACGCCCAGCUGGCGUACUGUGUGGUUCAGUUCCUGGAGAAGGACGCAACUCUCACGGAACCCGUUGUACGCGGCCUGCUAAAGUUCUGGCCGAAGACUUGCUCGCAGAAAGAGGUGAUGUUCCUCGGUGAGAUCGAAGAGAUAUUGGAUGUUAUUGAACCGGCACAAUUUGCUAAAAUACAAGAAUUGUUAUUUAGACAAAUUGCUAAAUGUGUGUCCAGUCCACACUUCCAGGUCGCGGAACGGGCGCUAUACUUAUGGAACAACGAAUACAUACUGUCACUGGUUGAGGAGAACAAUCAAGUUAUAAUGCCAAUAAUGUUCCCAGCUCUUUAUAGAAUGAGCAAGGAACAUUGGAAUCAGACCAUAGUCACGCUCGUCUACAACGUACUCAAGACCUUCAUGGAAAUGAAUUCUAAACUGUUCGACGAACUCACCGCCAGCUAUAAGGCGGAAAGGCAAAAAGAGAAGAAACGCGAGAAGGAACGCGACGAACUGUGGAAGCGGCUCGGGGAGAUCGAAAUAAGCCAGAAAAGGCAGCAGGCGGCCAAGUGA